UAAAAAAAACACAUGUUAUAUGAACAAUUAUUGAACAUCUCGAUCCGCUAAUGUUUGAAACAAUAAAUACUAGUUAAUACUAAUUUACGUUAAUUGUUGGCUCAAGUGCUCAACAAUCAUAGAUGUUCAUUAACUUCACAAUUUAUGUUUAAUUUAUUGGCACUCGAUGUUCGGACUUAUUGACUCGUGACAUUUAGAAUUUAGAUCAAUUUGCUAUCGUAAUUCAUUUGCCGAUCACGACCACGGAUCAGUAAACACGAAUUGAAUAACUGUUAGUUUUAAUUCUCGUUUUGUAGUUGAGUUAAUGGUUAACGUGAUACAAAUAUAAACAAAUAGAUUGACAAAAAAAUUUAUGAUCAAGACAUUUAAAUAAAGACAAUGGAUCACUUACAACAUGGUUGGUUCACUGAGUCCGAUACAUGGCCAGGUGCUGGACUUUCAUUACAAGUAGAAAAAGUACUUCACAAAGAAAAAUCCCCGUACCAAGAUAUCAUGGUAUUACAAACAAAAUCAUUUGGAAAAGCUUUAAUUUUGGAUAAUAUAAUUCAAUGUACAGAAUAUGAUGAGUUUACAUAUCAAGAGAUGAUAAGUUUCUUGCCACUUUGUAGCCAUCCUAAUCCAGAAAGAGUUUUAGUGGUGGGUGGUGGUGAUGGUGGUGUUGCACGUGAAGCUGUUAAACAUCCAAAAGUUCUUAGCGUUGAUGUUGUUGAAAUUGAUGAACGAGUAGUGAAACUUUCAGAACAAUUUUUACCAUUUAUGGCUUGUGGUUUUAAGCAUGAUAAGGUGACACUACAUAUUGAAGAUGGAUUUGAGUUUAUGAAAAACAAUGUCCAACAAUUUGAUGUCAUUAUUACGGACUCGUCAGACCCUGUUGGUCCGAAUGAGUCAUUAUUUCAGAAAACUUAUAUUGAAUCAUUGAAAAGAUCUUUAAAACCUGGUGGUAUCAUAUGUUCCCAAGUCGGAUCAAUUUGGAUUAAAGAAGAUCAGGAUACAAUGAAUAGAUUGUCCAAAGAUUGUUCCGCAAACUUUAAAAAGGUCACUCUAGCCACUAUAUCUAUCCCAUCUUACCCAACUGGAAACAUCAGUUUCAUUUUAGCUACAGACAAUGAGCUAGUAAAUUUCAGGGUACCAGCAUAUAGUUUCACACUUGAAGAACUUAAUAAGUACAAACUAAAGCAUUACUCACCAGAUUUACAUUCUGCUUCAUUUAGUAUUCCUAGAUUUGCUUGUAUGGCUAUUCCACAUCUUAAUUGUUAAUAUUAUUAUAUUUUUUCAAUAUUACCUCAUUUAUGGACUUAAUUUUGUCUAAUGCAACUUUAUUGUUAUGCUUGCAAUUAAAUUACCUAUUUAAAAUAAUUUAAUAUUUAUUACACAAUGAAUAGUAUUAAAUUGUAGAUUUUAGUAUAUUUAAUUGCAUUGUUGUUCUAUUUUAUAUCCUAACCACAUGUGAUCAAUCUUAACUAUGUAUUAUUAAAUUAAUUGAUUCUCAUAGGUUAGUAUUAAUAACAAUGAAUUACAAAAUAGAAAAAAAUAAAAAUAAAAAUUGAUAUUUUA